CUGAUCCAGCUGGAGGGGUUCCUGAGCGGGAUGUGCUGCAGCUGUGAGGCAGUGUACCGUGUACUGUACUGGGAGAACCCCACUGUCUCUUCCCAGUUUUAUGGGGCACUGCUGGGCACUGUCUGUGUCCUUUACCUGCUGCCCCUCUGCUGGGUCCUGGCCAUCCUCAACAGCACCCUUUUCCUGGGCAACACCCAGUUCUACCAAGUGAUACUGGAGCUCAGGGCCUCGAUUGAGCAGAGUGUGGGUGCCAAACCCCUUGAGAGCACUCCAGAGCCUGCUGAGCCCCUGCCUCCUGCUGCCCCCCUGGACCGGACCCCCACGCCCACCAGCACAGAGGACCUUACCCCUGGCAGCGUGGAGGAGGCAGAGGAGGCAGAGCCUGAUGAAGAGUUCAAAGAUGCUAUCGAGGAGGACGACGAGAGCUCUCAGUGCUCAGCAGAUUUUGACCUCAGCCUCCCAGACAACGGCUUUAUGAGCAAAAACGAGGUGAUCCGCAGCAAAGUGUCGCGCCUGACAGAGCGCCUGCGCAAGCGCUACCCCAGCAACAACUUUGGGAGCUGCACUGGCUGUGGAGCCACCUUCUCUGUGCUCAAGAAGAGGCGGAGCUGCAGUAACUGUGGGAACAGCUUCUGCUCCAGGUGUUGUUCCUUCAAAGUCCCAAAGGCUGUGAUGGGAGCCACAGCCCCAGAGGCUCACAGGGAGACAGUGUUCGUGUGCGCUCUGUGCAACCAGGUGCUCAUCAAGUGACUGCAUCAGGGCC